AUGUCAUCGGAUGAAUGUGCGUCGAUCCAUCAGAUCACACCAGCUCGACCUCGACACAGGGCGAUUACUCGAGUCUGUGUAAUCUCUGAUGAUCCGCAGAAAGACGAGUCUCCAUCAGAACUAGACAACGAUGAUGGUAAAGAGAGUCUAUACGAAGAUCGAUUUUGCAAGGUCACAGAAACGGACAUCUUUGUCAAGUGCUAUUAUUUUCCAUGCGGUAGCCAAGCCCGUAUUCCUUUGCAAGAUAUAAAAUCACUAAGAAUACAGGCGCAAACAGACGAGUGCUCAUCAAUAGCCUGGGGAUCAGUCGAUGAUGUUAUUUGGUGGGCCUUCGAUAGUAAAAGACGUUUACGAGCUAAGCCAUAUUGUAACGUUGUGAUCCGGGAAACGCGACGACCUUACCUUGUUGGAUUUACAAUCAGAGACAGAAAGAAUUUCGAAAAUGUACUGAGACACUUGCAAUCUAUCAGAAUCUCGUAAAUAUUGGUUGAUGAUGACUACUUAUAAUGAUUUGUACAUAUAUGAGAUUGAAUGGCUUCAAACAGGGUUUGAUUUUUUUUUACAUGAUGACUGUAGAGGCAAUUAGAUUGCUGACUUGAGAUCCUCUUCAUUUCUGUAUAGAAUGUCGAUUUGUUUGAUAUGCC